AUGGGCCAGAAUUAUUCGGCCUUGCCCGACCGUAACGUCGGUAGUGCUGGAAUAGAGAUCACUGAGCUAUCGGAUAUACACUACGAAAGAUCUCUUGGUUCGGCGCGCUUCCUGAAAACUAUUCGUGCAAGCCAUGAUGACGGUCUGGUUGUUGUAAAAAUAUUCUUAAAACCUUCGCCAACCUUCUCACUGGAGGAAUAUCAUUCACAAAUCAAACACGAACAAGAAUCUCUGGCAGACAUCCCGAAUGCCAUCUCCUAUCAGAGGAUCAUCGAGACGGAUAAGGCGGGGUAUAUGGUUCGCCAGUACCUGUACAGCAGUCUCUACGAUCGGAUUAGCACACGUCCUUUUCUAGAAGAAAUAGAGAAGCGCUGGGUUGCAUUCCAGCUUCUUUGCGGCCUUCGCGACUGCCACGCUCGAGGGAUUCAUCAUGGGGACAUCAAAGCCGAGAAUGUCCUCGUCACUACUUGGAACUGGAUCUACCUCUCCGAUUUUGCCAGGUUUAAACCGACGCAUCUACCAGAAGACAACCCCGCGGAUUUUUCGUAUUUUUUUGACACGUCGGGGAGGAGGAUAUGCUACGUGGCGCCAGAGCGCUUCCUCGGCGCUGGCGAACGAAGCUCUGAGGCCAAUCUUACCGACGAAAUGGAUAUUUUCAGUCUUGGAUGCGUUAUUGCCGAGCUGUUCUUGGAGGGGACACCUUUAUUUACCUUAUCGCAGUUGUUCAAGUACCGCUCGGGAGAAUAUGAUCCUGUGACUCAUCUAGAAAAGAUCGAGGAUCCGGAUAUUAGGCACAUGGUGCAGCACAUGAUAAAUCUUGACCCCUCAAAAAGGCACUCUGCAGAGCAGUAUCUAAAUUUGUGGCGUCGCAAAGCUUUUCCAGAAUACUUUUACAGUUUUCUUCAUCAAUAUAUUGGUUUCAUCACAGACCCUACAUCUGGGCAGGGGUCGCUUGUUGCUGUCGACGAACGGGAUCUAGCCAACCAGGCGGACGAUAGAAUUGAUAGGAUCUACCAUGAUUUUGACAAGAUAGCGUUUUUUCUAGGUUUCGAUCAGUCCCAAGAUACUAACGGCGGAGGACAGGAGAAGCGGAUUGCUUCAAAGGACAAUAUUAUACCAGUUCAUCUGGAUAUACCCAACUAUCAGCGACGUUCAUCAGCUGUACGAAGGAGGGCAAUAAGCUCUGACGAUGGCACGUUGAUCUUUCUGAGCUUAAUCUCUUCCAGUGUGCGGAACACGAGCAGGGCUACUGCCAGAGUGAGGGCUUGCGACUUGUUUCUAGCUUUCGCGGAAAGGUGUACAGAUGAAGCAAAGAUGGAUAGAUGUUUACCGCAUCUCGUACUGCUAUUGCAGGACAAGUCCGUUAUAGUUCGAGUGGCUGCUCUGAGAACCGUUACGCAACUGAUGGAACUCGUCGAAGUCGUCUCUCCUGUAAACGCUCAUGUCUUUCCGGAGUAUAUACACCCAAAGUUAGACAAAUUCGUCGACUCUGAUCACAUCAUCAUCCGCUCCACCUAUGCUUCAUGUCUUGCCUCACUAGCCGACUCGGCCUCCAGAUUUUUGGACAUGGCGCAGGCACUACGGGCCUCUGGAGCCCUCCCCACUGCGGACCCCGAAGCCGAGGGCGACGCCCCAGCGACCGAGUCCGCGCUUUUUGACGUUGCCCGCGCUGACUUGGUAUCAUUUUUCAGCGAGCACUCUAAAAUACUGCUAACAGACCCCUCCUCAUCUGUGCGCCGCGCUUUCCUACGCAGUGUCUCCCGCCUCUGCGUCUUCUUUGGCAAAAACAAAGCCAACGAUGUAAUCCUAUCACAUCUGAAUACAUACCUCAACGACAAAGAUUGGAUGCUGCGCUGCGCCUUCUUCGAGACCAUUACCGGCGUCGCAACAUACAUUGGCGGCACCGCGCUCGAGGAGUACAUCAUGCCUCUCAUGGUGCAAUCCCUAACGGACCCCGAAGAGUUCGUUGUUGUCAAAGUUCUUGGGUCCCUAACCGGGAUGGCAGAAGUUGGUCUCCUCGGGCGAGCCAAGGUAUGGGAGUGCUGCGAGGUCGUAGGAAGGUUCAUGGUACACCCGAACCUAUGGGUGCGGCAGGGCGCGGCGGCUUUCAUUGCUGCGGGGACAAAGUGGCUGAGCCCAGCUGAUGUGCACUGUAUCGUAGCACCGAUGGUCAGGCCGUUCUUGCAGAAUGAUGUGGUUUCGUUGGACGCAUUGAGUAUCCUAGAGAAUCUCAAGAAACCAUUAUCGAGGAAUGUCUUUGAUAUGGCAGUUACUUGGGCGACGCAAACGAGGAGAGGUAUCUUCUGGAAUGCGGCGCAAGAGCAGAGGACUUUUGCGUAUGGAAGUGUGAUGGAGGCGUUUCCGAAGGCUGGGGUGCGUGAUGUCGGAGUCAACAUGUUUAUGAGGGUACCCAAGAACGAGGAAGACGAGAACUGGCUUGGGAAACUCCGAAACCUUGGCAUGACCGCAGAAGACGAAUGGAAAGUCAUUGCCCUCCGCGAAUACAUCUGGCGCAUGGCACAAUCAAAAACACAGCUCAUAUCCGACGACACGCCCUCGGUGCUUAAUAGCACCAUAUCAUUGAAGAACCUGAACAUCACCCCUCAAACCAUUUUCUUCGACGAGAACGAGUCGUUUUUCUCCCUCGCCGCGGACACUUCUCCGUCGACAGGUAAUAGGCCGCACACAAUCGCAGAUGCGCUUUUGGACGCCAGCAAGACAAUUGAUGCACCAAGGCGCUCCCUUUCAACUAGGUUGAAAAGGCCUCCGGGAAUGGAGAUCCGGCGGUCCCGCCUCGGCGGAGAUAGCAUGUCAAUGUCUGGCUCUGGACCUCCGACACCAACUGCUGAGACCUCGGCGCCACUGGCAGUACCAGUCGUCACAGUAGCUGGUAGCAGUGAAUCGAGUACCGCGGCAAGCUCAGUAGAUAACAACCAUAAUGGCGGUGGCCCCGCAUUGUUGAGAAGGAAGCCGAGCACGCUUAGCUUACUAGCCCGGGGUCAAGAAGCCGGGAAGGCGCCUCCAGAGACCGGAACGGUAUCGGUGUCAGCAUUCGGCCGAGUCGAGCACCCAUUCACACGCAACGCAGACGGCGCACUAAAGGUCACGGAGACGGUAGAAACACCGGUAUUUAAGUUCCGUGGUGCACACUCCUAUGACGGCAAUGACCCGCAUAUAUUGAAGCUACUCGACGCGAUGUACCUGCAGAACUACCCCAGCGACAUCCUCGAGUUCGGUCCUGCGAUCGUUCCCAUCCCAACCCAGCAGCGGCGCACACCAAUCAAAAAAUCGAGUGGUCGACCGGCGGGCGGGACUUGGAAGCCGGAGGGUGUGCUGGUUGCGCAGUUUGGUGAGCAUACCGGCGCGAUCAAUAGGGUUGUUGUGGCGUCAGAUCAUAAUUUCUUUGUUACCGGGAGUGAUGAUGGCACGGUGAAAAUAUGGGAUUCAAGUAGAUUGGAGAAGAACGUUGCGUUUAAGGCAAGGCAGACAUAUAGGCAUGCAACUGGGUCUAAGGUGAAGGCGCUAUGCUUCGUCGAGAAUACUAGGUGCUUUGUGUCCGCGGCCACGGACGGAUCCGUGCAUGUGGUUAAGGUGGAUCUACAAUUGACGGGCCAGGCAGCGAAGUAUGGGAAGUUGAAGGUAAUGAGGAAUUGGCAGUUGCCCGAGAAGGAAUAUGCGGUGUGGAUGGAGCACUUUAAAGCAGAUACCCAUUCGAUCCUACUAAUCGCGACCAACAAUUCCAACAUCUAUGGACUGGACCUGAGGACUAUGCAGAUCCUCUACACUCUCAAGAACCCCAUGUUCCAUGGCACCCUGACCUGCUUCUGUGUCGACCGUAAACACAAUUGGCUCAUCGUCGGCACCUCUCACGGCCUCCUAGACAUGUGGGAUCUCCGUUUCCAACUCCGCCUGAAAGCCUGGGGCCUCCCCGGCUCGGCACCCAUCCAUCGCGUCUCCGUGCACCCCUCCAAGGGCCGCGGCAAAUGGAUCAUAGUCGCCGGCGGCACCGGCCACGGCGAGCUCUCAGUCUGGGACUGCGAAAAAACACAAUGCCGCGAGGUCUACCGCGCCGGUGGCAAAGACAGCGGAAAGGGCUACGAGCCAUGGAACGUCGAAGACGAGUCUUCGGAGAAUAUGCUCACCCGCUUCGCCACCACCCCGACCCACCUCGAGUCCGGCGGCGCCAGCAAUGGCGACCGCGGGGUCCGCGCGUUUGUGGCGGGGCUGGAUGUCACCGAGGACAGUGGAGAGUCGAGGACGAUGCCUGGGUUCAUUAUCUCGGCCGGGGCAGACAAGAAGAUCCGCUUUUGGAACUGCUCGAAGGUCGAGUCGUCGAUUGUUGUGAGCGGGCUUGAUGCGGAGGAGCUGAAGCCGACGUUUACGACGUCGCAUCCGACGUCGACGCUGACGUUGAAUACGGAGCGGGUUCCGGCGCCGGCGGGGUCGACUCCGGAGGCGGCGAGCAGUAGCGGCGGGAGGGCGCUGCUACCUGGUGCGGCGGGAAGCAGUACGGGGAAGAAGGCGGCGAAGGCGAGUGGGAGGACGCCGAGGAGUACGGUGAUUAGCAUGCAGCAGCAGCAGCUGUUGAAGUGUCAUUUGGACUCGAUCUUGGAUGUGGCGUUCUUGGAGGUUCCUGAAGAGCCGGAGCAGCAGGAGCAGUCUAGGGGGGCGCUUAAAUUCACAUUCUAA